AUGAAAAUAACCACGCUGCUACUAUACAUCCUAAUCAUACUCAACGCAUGUAGAACGAGCAACGAUGGAGAGAAGCAAAGCAAAAUAAUGUCCGUAGACAUGACCGACCUGGAGCAGAUACUAAAUGAUGACAAAAUUUUCACCUUCCUAAUUGUAUACACACACUGGUGCCAAAGAUCCAGUUCGCUCCUCGAAAAUGUGCAAACCAUUUCGAAUCUUCUAAAAUAUGAUAGCCAUGUGAAGAUAGCCAAAAUGAAUGCUGCUGUGAAUAGUGCCGUUAUUGAUAAGCUUUCCGUUUAUAGUUACCCUUCCCUUUUUAUGUUAAAAAAAAAUGAAAUGCAUAAAUACAAAGGAGUGAACAGCAUCAAAGGUAUAAUGCUGUGGAUAUAUGGAUUCCUUGACGAUAGUGUAUACUCAAUUGAAAAUAAAAAUAAAUUGGAUGUAUUCCUCCAAUUGGAUGAAUAUAACAACUCGAUUUUGUUCUUUAUUAACAGAAAGGAAAAGGACUCCCAUUUGCUCAAAGAGCUAAUCAACAUAUGUACCCUAACAGGGAACACCUUCUGUUUCGCUGUUACCAACCCGAGUAUCAUCUCAUAUUUUGAAAACCAAGUGAUGCGAGAGAAGUACCAUUUCAAUUUAGAAGAUUUACAAAGCAAAAACAUGUAUGGAAUUUUAUUCAAAAAUGAUGACUUCGAUCAGUACUUUUAUUUGAUUGACAAUAGUGUGAGCAUUUUAUACAAUCCGGGUUCCUCCGUUCAGGAAAAAAAACAGGAACUGACCAAAUGGAUACAAAAAAAAAUCGAAUCAUUGGUUAUUAAAUUCUCUGAGUAUUAUUUCCCCCUCUUUUUUUCAAACGAUACGGUCACUUUUUUUAUCCUAUAUGACGAUAUACAUGACCUGAACAAGUCAGACAUUAUUAAGUGCGCGAAGAAAUACCCCAAUAUCACCUUCUCCGUGUCGGGGAACAAGGAGGUGUAUGAGAAGAGGCUCCUCAACGAGCUGCUUAUCCAGCAGGUCAAAAAGCCCGUCAUGCGAAUCACCGAGUUUAAGAAUCACAUCUCCGUUCCGUACAAGUACCGGCCCCUCAGCGACGCCGUCGAGAUAAAUGAGCAGAGCAUCGACCAGUUCAUCCAGGACUACCUCAACGAAAAGAAGCACUUUUACCGAAAGAGCGAGAAAGCGCUGCCCGACGAGUUCAACCACGGAUACAUAAAAAUAAUAGUGGCCGACACCUACGAUGAAUACGUCUUUGACAGCACCAAGCACGUCGUGGUGCUCUACUACGCGCCCUGGUGCGGCCACUGCUAUAAAUUCGAGCCCGUGUAUAGGGAAAUCGGAAAGAGACUCAAGCUGUACGGAAAUAAGUUUAAGGACUACAACAACGACGUGGUCAUCGCCAAAAUAGACGCGGUCAACAACGAGAUAUACGACGUCCCCAUAGAGGGAUACCCCACCAUUUAUCUGUACACGAAAGAGAAUAAGAAGGCGCCCAUCAGGUACCGCGGCCCGAGGACCGUGGAAAGCAUCAUUUCGUGGAUUUGCGAAAAGACCAAUACCGAUAUAGACAUACAGAAAUUCCGUAACAUCAAUUUGGACGAUGAGCAACUUUUCGAAACAUAUGAGGAGCUGUGA